AUGAACACCGUGGAUAAUGCACAGUCCUUGUUUUGUUUAGACCCUAAAAUGUCAUCACGUGACGAACUGCACUCACUUUCAAAGUACUACUUGCUACCUUGCCUUGCGGUUGCAGGUUAUAAUUUAUGGCCAGAAGGUGUGCGCACUGUCACUGGGGAGGUGCUAAACGCUAAGAACGAAAAGCGGUGUAUCAGUGUUGAACUCCGGUAUCAAGCUGUCGAUGAGGAUGAUGAUGACGAUGAUGAUGAUGAUGAUGGUGAUGAUGAUGAUAAUGGUGAUGAUGAUGAUGAUGAUGGUGAUGAUGAUGAUGAUGAUGAUGAUGAUGAUGAUGAGGAUGAUGAUGAUGAUAAUGAUGACGAUGAUGAUGAUGAUGAGGAUGAUGAUGAUGAGAACGAACAGCCGAUAGGAGGGCUUCUUGUUAUCGAAGGCAGCCUUUCUCAAGGGACAGUUGAACAAAACACAUCCUUGCGCAAGUUACCUCCUCGGAAGUCCACUGGUGGCAAGGCCCCUGGGAAGCAGCUUGUCACAAAGGCCUCCGCAAGGGCGCGCCGACGACUGCUGAUUAGCGAGCACUAUAACUGUCUAGUGACUGGUUUGAAACUUCUAGAAAUCGGCCAAGCUCCUCUGAUCAAAGGAGCAAAUCAGGGUCGUUUAAUCAAA